AUGACCCGAGAUAGGGUGAAGGAGCGAGCUAAAGAAGCCCACAAUAGGACUGAAAAACUUGAGCCAACUGUUGAGAAGUGGCUGGAAGAUGUGGAGAAUGUCUUAGAAGAAGUGCAACUGCUGGAAGGAAGAAUAUCGGAAGUGAACAAGAGCUAUUUCAAAAGGCAAUGUCAAUAUUUCCUUGCAAAAGAAAUAGCAAGAAAAACAGAAGAAAUUAUUCAGCUCGAUCGUAACAGCAAGUUUGAACCAUUUUCCAGGAUCACAGAACUUCCAGGCAUGAAGUACUUUUCUUCCAAUAAUUUUGUUCUUUUCAAUUCCACGGAAACAGCAUACAAGCAGCUUUUGGAAGCAUUAAAGGAUAAAAGUUGUUCCAUGAUUGGAUUAGUUGGAAUAGGAGGCUCAGGAAAAACUACUUUGGCAAAAGAAGUUGGUAAAAAGGUUCAAGAGUUGAAACUCUUUGAGAAGGUUGCCAUGGCAACGGUCUCUCAAACUCCAAGUAUCACAAGUAUUCAAGACCAGAUUGCCGAUCAAUUAAAUCUCUAUUUAAAGGAAGCAUCAGAGAUAGGUAGAGCACAAAGACUAUCUAAGACAUUAAGGAAUGGUACAACUCUUCUAAUCUUGGAUGAUGUGUGGGAAAAGCUAAAUUUUGAAGCUUUAGGUAUUCCCUUCGAUGAAAACACUAAGGGUUGUUGCGUACUCCUAACAACUCGGAGUACAGAAGUAUGCGCUUUUAUGCAAUGCCAGAGUAUAAUUGAGCUUCAUCUCUUGACUGACAAGGAAGCUUGGUCCUUAUUCACAUCGUAUGCAAACAUAACUGAUGCGUACUCUGAAGCUUUGAAAGGCGUGGCAAGAAAAAUUGUUAAUCAUUGCAAGGGAUUGCCUAUUGCAAUUGUGACGGUGGGAAGCACACUUAGGGGGAAAACUAUUGAGGAGUUUGAGUUAGCCUUGUCAAGACUAGAAGAUUCCAAACCAUUAGAUAUUCCAAGAGGCUUCACAAGUCCUCAUGUUUGUCUUGAAUUAAGUUAUAUUAAUUUGACAAAUCAAUUAUCCAAGUCUUUGUUAUUGUUGUGUUCUAUAUUUCCAGAGGACUAUGAAAUUGAUUUGGAAGAUUUGUUUCGAUUUGGAAGGGGAUUGGGCAUAACUGGGAAGUUUGGGACAUUGGAGGAGGCAAGGAGGGAGAUGCAUGUAGCUAUUACCAGCCUCAGGAAUUCUUGUUUGUUGAUGAAUUCCAAUAAAAAAGAAAGGGUGAAAAUGCAUGACAUGGUCCGUGACGUAGCCUUAUGGAUUGCAUCUAAAACUGGUCAAGAAAUUUUGGCAAGUGCUAAAAUGGAUCCAAGAGUGUUGGUAGAGGACGAAAUCAUGAAAGAUAAGAAAGCAAUAGCCUUGUGGGGUUUGAAAAAAGAUCAGGUACUUGGUGAUUAUAAAAUAAACUGUCCAACACUUGAAAUUCUCCUGGUUUGUGAAGAAGUCGGCUUCAAUGUGUCAGAUGCGUGUCUUGAAAGCUUGGAAAGGCUUAAAAUCUUGGCAAUCUUAAAUUUACCAUGGAGAACAAGAUACUCAAAAUCUACUUUGCCAUUGCCUGUGUCAUUAAAGUCAUUACAAAAUCUUCAAACACUGUGCUUGAGAGGUUAUAAAUUAGGUAACAUAUCUGUUUUGGAAAGCCUGCAAGCACUUGAGAUUCUUGACUUGCGUGGUUCUAUUUUUGAAGAACUGCCUAUUGGGAUUGUAGAUUUAAAGAAGUUGAAGCUUCUGGAUUUGUACUAUUGUCAGAUUGAAAAAAAUAAUGCUUAUGAAGUUGUUGGAAAAUGUUUGCGUCUAGAGGAAUUGUAUUUGUAUUUCAUCCAAUUUGUAGAUGACUUUCCACGUAAUGUCUCUUUUUCCAGAUUACAGAGGUAUUCUAUAAUAAUACAAGGUAAGUUUAGUAUUUUGGAAGACUUUGUGCAUAAUAGGAGUAUGGAACAACUCAGACCAUCUAGAGCUUUAUGCAUAGAGAGGUUUCAAAGAUUUAUAUCUCCGCUUAAUGAUCUCUUUAUAAGAGCAGACUAUCUUUAUCUGAAGUACUUUGAGGGAGAUUAUCAAAAUGUAAUCCCAUCCAUGGAUCCAAAAGGCAUGAAUCAGUUGAUUGUCCUAAAACUCCAUUCUUGUCCAGUGAUAGAAUGUCUGUAUGACAGUACAAUCAUUAGAAACAAUAUUAAUAUGCUUCAAACUGAAGUUGUAUUCUCUAGCCUUGUUAAGUUAAGGUUGUCCCAAUUAGAUAGCCUUCGAGAGUUGUUUCGUGAUCCCAAUUUCCGAUGUUCUCUCAAAAAUUUAGAAGAACUCCUGAUAGCAGGUUGCAAACAAUUGAACAACAUAUCAUUUCCAAGGAACUCAAAGCUAUGCAAUCUCAAGUUACUUAUAAUAGGAGGAUGCCCAUUGCCAACUUCACUCUUCAUGCCAUCCGUUGUCCAAACCCUACUGCUGCUGGAGGUUCUUGAAAUAUCUUCCUGCACCUCAUUGAGGCACAUAAUAGAAGAAGUGGAAGAAGGGAAUGCUGAUUUUUCAAGCACUCGAAAUCAUUCUUCUUUGACGUUCCCAAAAUUAAGGACUCUUCUCAUUGAAAGAUGCGAGAAGUUGGAAUAUAUAUUCUCUGUGUUCUUAGCCCAAGGGCUAGUAAAUUUGGAAAGUGUGAAAGUACUUAGCAACUCGAAGUUGAAGUACGUAUUUGGCAGUGAAAAGGAACAUAAUUACCACUAUCAGAGUUUCCAGCAGACUAAUACUGGCAGAAAUUUGCCUAAUUUGGAUACUCUCGAGUUGAUGAACUUACCAAAUCUGAGUGCUUCGCUUGACUGA